ACGGUGACGGUGUCUGUGCUGACGAACGGGAUCGAAACGAAACGAAAUAAAGAAAAAAAAACAUUACAACUUUCAACACGAGAGUCUACUCUGUUGUUUACAUUUCGAAAACUAUUGUUAAUCUUAUCCUGCUAAAUAGCAGUGACGUGAUUCAUAUUUUUCGUUGCGCUUUUGUUUGUAACAUUUGUUUUGUUGUGUUGUGAUCCGGUGAACGUAACAGGUACGGUGAGCAUAGACCAUUGGCAAGAAGGAUGUCUGCUCCGGGCUUGACUUCGGAGGCUCAGUUGCGGUACCUCCUGCAGUGGUUUGGCGAGUUCAGUGAGCUGCAGCGUGAGGAUUUUCUGCCGGUAUUGGCUGCAGCGUCAGGAGGCAAGGCUGAUCAGCUUGCUGCUACCCUUGCAGCCUUGUCUUGUGAAGAUAAGCCUGUCAGCUUGUUCCAAUGCAGAAUAAAGUUAUUCAACGAAUGGUACCCCACAUGGACUGGUGAUGAGAAAGACAGACUAGUUUCCGGAGUCACAGAAAUGGACCCGGAUUUCGGUAAGAAACUACUGGAAUUCCUGACUAACGGACCUAAGAUGAACGGUGAUCUCAAUGGAACGAGUGAAGUACAUUCCCCAACUGAAGAGAAUGUUGAAGCUCAGAAUGAGCCCGAGGAACAUGAGGAUGUGGUUGAGGAUGAGGAACCGGCUAUAACCCAGGAUGCUAAUAUUGGUUUGGAGAUAGCAGCUGCCUCGUAACUGGACAAUAGUAGUUUUGGUACUGAUAGAAUGAGGUAAGGUUAACUAUUUAAAGGCCCCAUUACGAUUUCGCAUGCGAUUUUUGUCACAUUGCGAUAUUUGGUUAGUUGACUGAAUUAAUUGUACUAAUUCUAAUUUAUUGCACUGUGUAACUAAAUGGGGCACUCAAAAUUAAGUAAAAACUGAAAGAUCAUAUUCACGCUUACUUACUAUUUCGAAUAGCUGUCCGAGGGCCGCCAU